AUGCUAUCCAAACUUCUUUCUAAACAAGUCCUCAACCAGGGACUUCGUUUAACUACACGAACUUUGUCAACAGCUUCGCAACAGAAACUCGUUGACCGAAAACCAGAUGUGAAAUAUCAAAAGCUUUUCAUUAAUAAUGAGUUUGUGGAUUCACUCGGCGGAAGCACAUUCGAAGUUCUUAAUCCAGCAACCGGUGACGUUAUCACCGAGGUUGCUGAUGCUUCUGAAAAAGACAUUGAUCGUGCUGUAAAGGCAGCUAAAGAUGCUUUUCGUCUUGGCUCAGAAUGGCGUCGUAUGGAUCCUGCUGGUCGUGGUGUAUUACUCAAUAGACUUGCUGAUCUUAUCGAACGUGAUCGUGCUUAUCUCGCAGCCCUAGAAACUCUCAACAACGGUAAACCGUUCAAAGAUUCAUAUAAUAUCGAUAUUCCACACUGUAUUUCGGUUCUUCGAUACUAUGCUGGUUGGCCGGAUAAAAUGAAUGGAAAAGUUUUACCUGUUGCUGGUGACUUCUUUUCGUACACUCGUCGUGAACCAGUUGGUGUCGUUGGUCAAAUUAUCCCAUGGAACUUUCCAAUGAUAUUACUUUGUUGGAAAAUUGGUCCCUCGGUAGCAACUGGCUGUACAUCAAUCAUUAAACUUGACGAACACACACCAUUGACUGGACUAUAUACAGCCAAAUUAAUUGAAGAAGCUGGUUUUCCCCCCGGUGUUAUAAACAUUGUUUCUGGCGAUGGACCACACUGUGGAGCAUCGCUUGUCAAACAUCCUGAUGUUCAUAAAAUUGCUUUCACUGGUUCCACGCAAGUUGGUAAAAUUAUCGGAGUGGAAUGUGCCAAACAGGUUAAACGCGCGACACUUGAACUUGGUGGAAAAUCGCCAAAUAUUGUUUUUGCUGAUUGCGAUCUUGACUUAGCUGUUGAAAUGUCACACUUUGCCUUGUUUUUCAAUCAAGGUCAAUGCUGUUGUGCCGGAUCACGUACUUAUGUGGAUGAAAAGAUUUAUGACGAGUUCGUCCAACGAAGUAUCGAACGCACGAAACGACGAAAAGUCGGCGAUCCAUUUGACGACAGUACCGAACAAGGUCCACAGAUUAGUCAUGAACAAAUGGACAAAAUUUUGGAUUUAAUUGAAUCCGGACGAAGAAAUGGUGCGAAAUUACUUACUGGUGGUGAACGCCAUGGUGACAAGGGAUUCUUCGUUCAACCAACUCUCUUCGCUGAUGUUCAAGACAAUCAUCGCAUUGCUCGUGAAGAAAUUUUUGGACCUGUCAUGCAAAUCUUGAAAUUCAAAUCAAUCGAAGAAGUUGUCGAACGUGCCAAUGAUAGCGAAUAUGGUCUAGCUGCCAGUGUUUUUACCAAAGAUUUAGACAAAGCCAUCGUUGUCAGCAACGCCCUCCGAGCUGGUUCAGUCUGGGUCAAUACUUAUGACAACUUCGAUCCCGUUGCACCAUUCGGAGGAUUCAAACACAGUGGUCUCGGUCGCGAAAAGAGUGAAUACUCUCUUGAUUCAUACAGUGAAACUAAAUGCGUUACAAUGAAAAUUUCCGAAAGAAAUUCAUAA